CAGGUGAACUUCACAAUCGACCAGGUCCGUGAGAUCAUGGACAAAAGGCAAAAUAUCCGAAAUAUGUCGGUUAUUGCACAUGUCGAUCAUGGAAAAUCGACUUUAACCGAUUCGCUAGUAAGUAAGGCUGGUAUUAUCGCUGGUGCCAAAGCAGGCGAAACACGUUUUACCGAUACACGUAAAGAUGAACAGGAACGCUGUAUUACCAUCAAAUCGACUGCUAUAUCGAUGUAUUACGAAUUAGCGGAAAAAGAUUUAGAAUAUGUUACUCAAGAAAAGCUUGGAAAAGGAUUUCUUAUCAAUUUAAUUGAUUCUCCUGGACACGUUGAUUUUUCAUCGGAAGUUACAGCUGCACUUCGCGUUACAGAUGGUGCUUUGGUAGUUGUCGACUGUGUUAGCGGUGUAUGUGUGCAAACUGAAACUGUUUUACGUCAAGCGAUCAGUGAGCGUAUAAAGCCCGUUUUGUUCAUGAACAAGAUGGACCGUGCUUUAUUAGAGUUACAGUUAGACCCUGAAGAUUUGUAUCAGACUUUCCGCCGUAUUGUUGAGAAUGUUAACGUUAUCAUCGCCACUUAUAACGACGAAAACGGACCAAUGGGAAAUAUUCAGGUUGAUCCAUCCAAAGGAACUGUUGGCUUUGGUUCUGGCUUGCACGGUUGGGCUUUUACCUUGAAACAGUUUGGUGAAAUCUACGCUGAUAAAUUCAAGAUUGAGCCCAGUAAACUUAUGGGUCGUCUUUGGGGUGAUAACUUUUGCAAUCCUAAGUCACGUAAAUGGAACAAGACCGGCGGCGAUGGUUUUGUUAGAGGAUUCACACAAUUUAUACUUGAUCCUAUCUACAAGAUUUUCAAAUCUGUGAUGAAUUUCGAAAAAGAGAAGUACGAAAAGAUGCUCACCCAGCUCAAUAUCAAGCUGUCAGUUGAAGACAGAGAAAAGGAAGGAAAACCGUUAUUGAAGGCAAUCAUGAGGAGAUGGCUACCUGCUGGUGAUGCCUUAUUACAGAUGAUAACCAUUCAUCUUCCCUCACCUGUUACUGCACAAAAAUAUCGUAUGGAAAUGUUAUACGAGGGUCCUCAUGAUGAUGCUCUUGCUCUUGCUAUAAAAAAUUGCGAUCCAACGGGACAUUUAUGCAUGUAUGUCUCAAAGAUGGUACCUACAAGCGAUCGAGGCCGUUUCUACGCCUUUGGUCGAGUAUUUUCCGGUACUGUUGCUACUGGACAAAAGGUUCGAAUCAUGGGUCCUAAUUUUAUUCCUGGAAAAAAAGAAGAUUUAUACUUAAAGCAGAUUCAAAGAACUAUUUUGAUGAUGGGUCGUUACAUCGAACCAAUUGAGGAUGUUCCGUGUGGUAACAUUGUUGGUCUUGUUGGUGUUGAUCAGUUCUUAGUGAAAACUGGAACUAUCACUACAUUCGAGGAAGCUCAUAAUUUAAAGGUGAUGAAAUUUUCUGUAUCGCCUGUUGUGCGUGUCGCCGUUGAAGCAAAGAAUCCCUCUGAUUUGCCGAAGCUUGUAGAAGGGCUUAAACGUCUUGCAAAAUCUGAUCCUAUGGUUCAGUGCACCAUUGAAGAAAGCGGUGAACACAUUGUUGCUGGUGCUGGAGAAUUGCAUUUGGAAAUUUGCUUGAAAGAUUUGGAGGAGGAUCACGCUUGCAUUCCGAUUAAAAAAUCCGAUCCAGUAGUAUCGUACAGAGAAACAGUUAGUGAGGAAUCAGAUCGCACAUGCUUAUCUAAAUCUCCCAACAAACAUAAUCGUCUCUUUAUGAGAGCAGUACCUUUCCCGGAAGGAUUGGCUGAAGACAUUGACAAGGGUGAUGUUACUCCCCGUGGAGAAGUUAAAGCAAGAGCUAGAUUGCUAGCUGAAAAGUAUGAAUAUGAUGUCUCAGAAGCGCGUAAGAUCUGGUGUUUUGGCCCUGAGGGUAACGGACCGAACUUGCUUAUCGAUGUCACAAAGGGUGUACAGUAUCUAAAUGAAAUCAAAGAUAGCGUCGUUGCUGGUUUCCAAUGGGCUACGAAAGAGGGCGUUAUGUGUGAAGAAAAUGUUCGUGGUGUACGUUAUAACAUCCAUGAUGUUACAUUGCAUGCUGAUGCUAUUCAUCGUGGUGGUGGUCAGAUUAUUCCGACGGCUCGACGUUGUUUGUAUGCUUGCUCAUUAACUGCUCAACCUCGUAUUUUGGAGCCGGUAUAUUUGGUAGAGAUUCAGUGCCCUGAGAAUGCUGUUGGUGGAAUCUAUGGAGUUUUAAAUAGACGUCGUGGUCACGUAUUUGAAGAAUCGCAAACUCCUGGUACUCCAAUGUUUGCAGUCAAGGCUUACUUGCCUGUCAAUGAAUCAUUCGGUUUUACGGCCGAUCUACGUUCCAAUACUGGAGGCCAAGCUUUCCCACAGUGUGUAUUUGAUCAUUGGCAGAUAUUGCCUGGUGAUCCUUCCGACGAAGCAAGUAAACCAGGGCAAGUUGUAUCAACUACAAGAAAGAGAAAGGGAUUAAGUGCUGGUAUACCUUCUUUGGACAAGUACUUCGACAAACUGUAACCUAAAGUACUGAGGCUACGUAAUUAAUUUUUUACUUACUUUGAAAUAGAUGACACAUGAUAGAUAUUUCACUGCUGUCAGUAAUCCUUAUAUGAGAAUUAGGUACAAUACUGUACACUAUAUGCAAAAUGUAUGAGUUUCAAAAUGAAUCUUGUAAUGCUUGCAAAUAAAUAAAAUAUAUUCCAAAAU